AUGCCAUUCAUAUCGAAAAUUCAGAGGCAGUCAGAUUACAGUGCCUUCCCUUCACACCAUCCCAUCGUCAUUGACAAUGGCGGCUCCUAUUUCCGCAUUGGCUGGGCAGGAGAGAGCGAUCCUCGAGUUAUUUUCCGCAACAUUAUUCAGAGGCCCCGCCACAAGAUCACAGGUGAAACGAUCACAGUAGUUGGUGACCACAAUCCUGCAUUACUGAAAUACUUUGACUGCACUAGGACGGGACCUCGUUCGGCCUUUGACAACAAUGUUGUUUAUCAAUUCGAGAUUAUGGAAUAUAUUCUUGACUUUGGCUUUGAUCGACUGGGCGCAGAUCAAUCUCAGAUUGACCAUCCUGUCUUGAUUACUGAAUGUGCUUGCAACCCAGUUCAGUCUCGUAGUAAAAUGGCAGAACUCCUUUUUGAAUCAUAUGGAGUUCCUUCAGUAGCAUUUGGUGUAGAUGCUGCAUUUAGCUACAAGUACAAUCAGCAACUUGAAAUUUGUAAUAACGAUGGUCUAGCGAUCUGCUCUGGCUUUAAUACAAUGCAUGUUAUCCCGUUUAUCAAUGGAGAACCCGUGUAUGAUGCAUGCAACCGUACUAAUGUUGGUGGAUAUCAUAUUACUGAUUAUUUGAAGCAGCUUCUUUCGCUUAAAUACCCGCAUCAUAUGUCUAAGUUUACAUGGGAGAAGGUGGAAGACUUGAAGAUGGAACACUGUUAUAUUGCAACAGAUUAUGAGUCAGAAGUUCAAUUGUUUCAGAAAGGGGGUAAGGAAGCUGAGGAAAAGACCAGGCGUUGGCAACUUCCUUGGACUCCCUCCUCCACUGAUGAGGCUGCCCCAUCUGAAGAAGAAAUUGCUAGAAAGGCAGCUUUUAAAGAGAAGCAAGGUCAGAGACUUCGGGAAAUGGCUGAAGCUAAGAGGUUCAAUAGAAUAAAUGAUCUUGAAAAUGAAAUACGAGAUUUGGAGAUCCUUCUACAGAGGCUCAGGCAUGUUGAAGAGGACGAAGUUCCAUCAAUCCUUGCAAAGACUAGAUAUACCUCGAAACUGGAAGUAGAAUCUGCCAUUUCCAAGGCGACACAAUCUUUACGAAAAGCGAAGGGUGAACCUGUUGAAAGUAUUGAGAAGACAGAUCCUUCUGCCGCUGAAAAAUACAACCUAAUUAAUGUCCCUGAUGAGGCGCUCACACAGGAGCAGCUUAAGCAAAAGAGGAAGCAGUUGUUUAUCAAAUCCACAUCUGAAGCACGGCAGCAGAGAAAACAGAAACAGAUCGAAGAAGAAUUAGAAAGAGAAAGACAAAAGCAAUUAGAAGAAGAAAAAAGACGAGAGAACCCUGAGCAGUACUUGGAUGAGUUGCGUGCGAAACACAGAGAUCUUUCUGAGAAGGUUGAUCAGCGGAAGAGAUUAAAGACAAAUGGAAAUCAUAAUUCAUCUGGAGGUGUUGGCCGUGGCGAGAGAUUGAAUUCUUCCCAGAGAGAGAGGAUGCGCCUCUUGACUACUGCAGCAUUUGACAGGGGGAAGGGGGAGGAUACUUUUGGCAUGAAAGAUGAAGAUUGGCAGCUUUACAAGCUAAUGAGCCGGGAUAAUGAUGACGACGAUGAUGAUGACCAGCCAGAUCUGGACGAAGCAGAGCUGGUCCGUGUUACUUCUCGACUACGGGAAAUCGAUCCAACAUUUAUUUUCAAGGCAGAAUCAGGGUCUUCUACUGCAGAGGCACCACAUUUUCGCCCUCUAACCAAGGAAGAUUUCCAAAUUGUACUUGGUGUAGAAAGAUUUCGUUGCCCUGAAAUUCUGUUUCAUCCCAAUUGGAUUGGGGUUGAGCAGUUAGGGUUGGACGAGAUGGCUGGCAACUCAAUACAGGGGUUGCUUGAUAAGGGACAAUGCUCAGAGGAAAGAAUAACCAAUUCAAUUCUCCUCACCGGGGGAAGCUGUCUCUUUCCAGGCAUGAGCGAGCGCUUGGAAGCUGGAAUUCGUAUGAUCAGACCAAGUGGUACACCUAUAAGAAUUAUCAAAGCGUCAAACCCAAUUUUCGAUGCUUGGCGUGGAGCUGCUGCUUAUGCUGCUGCAAUGCAAUUCCAUCAGCAAACAUUUAGUAAGAUGGAUUAUUACGAAAAGGGUGAAGAUUGGCUUAAGAAGUACCAAAUUAGGUACACAAUCUAA